UUGACGCGGGCGGGGAGGCAGCUGCACCUGCAGCCCAGCGCGCCGCUGACUGAAUGGCAAUCUAACGCCGCACUGUGGAUGAAGCCGUGCCUGAUCCCCUCCUGGAUGCAAAGUCAGACAGACACACACACGCUAAGGUGGACGGCCCCCCCACCGAGAGCAGGACCGGCUCCCGGGAAGGCCCACAACGCCUCCACCAAGAGGUCAGGAAGCAAAGCUCUGCCCGGCUCCGCCUCUCCCAGAGGCCCCGCCCACCACCGCCAGGAGGGGAGGAGCCCCCUCAAACGCCUCACCACCACAGGCUGUCAAAAAGAGGAGUGGGGGGGGACAACCGGGGGCAAACUGCGCUCCUCCUCCGGCCGGAACGUUGAUCUUUUAGCGUGCCGGUGUAAAACAAUCUGA